AUGGGUGAACUUGGAACGAAAUUGGGACUGGACGAGCUCGCCGGUGGCGCCGCGAGUAUCAGUAAAGCCUUACUCGCUGAAUUCAUUGGUAAUCUCCUCCUGAAUCUCUUCGGGUGCGGUGCGUGUAUCAAUAUCACCCAGGGCUCCACUGCAGCUCCAGAUAUCGUGCUUAUCUCACUCGCCUUCGGACUCGCUGUAUUCGCUGCUGUAUCGGCGAUAGGUCAUGUAUCUGGUGGACACAUCAACCCGGCUGUAACAGCAGGCAUGGCGGCGACUGGUCGCGUGAAGCCAGUACGUGCUGUUCUAUACGUGAUAGCGCAGUGCGCGGGCGCAGCGGCCGGCUCCGGACUGCUAAAGGCGUUCACACCGGACCGUGCGGCUGGCUCAUUGGGCGUCACCGGUCCCGGCACUGACGUCACACUGCCACAAGCUUUCGGCAUCGAGUUCUUCCUCGGAUUCGUUCUCGUAUUUGUAGUCUGUGGGGUAUGUGAUCCGAACAAACCGGAUAGUAAAGCAACAGCCCCACUUGCUAUAGGGCUCACAGUGACUCUGGGGCACCUUCUGGCCGUGGACUACACUGGCUCAGCCAUGAACCCCGCUCGCUCCUUCGGCUCCGCACUCGUUGCUAACAUCUGGGACUCACAUUGGGUAUACUGGGUAGGUCCAGUAUGCGGUGGUGUUGCCGCUGCCCUCCUCUACGUGCACGGGUUCUCAGCCCCGGCACAGGAAACGCCGCGGUACAAACCUGUAGCUGGUGACGAAAAAGAGCUGAAACGCCUGGACGGUAAGACGGAGGACCUCGCCUGA